CUGUGUUGUCAUUUUUUGUAUUCUGUGGUAUGUAAGGUGUAUUGUGGGAGUUGUAAGCACGUGGUGUGUAAUUGAGUUUUAGUAAUGUCGUUUUUCAUAAGAAAAGGUACUAAUAUAAAACCAAAUGAAGGACGUAAUGAAAAAUAUAUCAGAAAAAGAGAUAAACGGAAAAAGAGCGAAUCAGGCCAACAUAAACGGAAGAGGAAGGCAGCUGAGAACGGUGAUUUGAUUAUGCAUCCGUCGUCAUUAAAUAACGAAGAGAUAGAAAGCGACUUUGAAGAUGAGAUUCCCCAGAAUAAUACAUCACACAGAAAUGUACAUUUCGAGUCAGACGAUGAUGCAGGAGAAACAGCACAGGAUAAAAAAGUUCGUUUGGCUAAACUUUACCUGGACGAAAUCAAGAGAGAGGAGCUCGAACGAGCAGAAACAGAUGUUAUUGACAAAGAUGUAAUUGCCCAUCGUUUGAAAGAAGACUACCUAGAACAAAGUGGUAAGCUAAAAAGGUCUACUGCAGAUACUUAUGUGGGGUUUGACAGUAAUGGGAUGCAAUUUCUGCGGUGCAAGGAGCAUAAACUUGCCAUCACAUGCCUCGUCAUAUCUUCAGACAAUAAGUUUGUGUAUUCCUCAUCCAAAGAUUGUGGAAUUGUAAAGUGGUCUUUAGCAGAAAGACGUAAAGUAAACACCAUACCGAGGAUGCAAAAAGGCCCUGCAGAUGUGGAUAAUGGCCAUACAGCAACAGUGCUGUGCCUUGCGAUUUCUUCAGAUAGCCACUUUCUUGCUUCAGGUGGUGAAAAUAGAGUGAUACAUAUUUGGCAUCCUGCCACACUGCAACAUCUUCAUGCGUUUAAGGGUCAUAAUGGUGCUGUUAGUGGCCUGGCCUUUAGAAAAGGAACUCAUCAGUUGUUCAGUGUGUCUACAGACAAAGCAGUUAAAAUAUGGAGCCUGGAUGAGAUGGCAUAUGUAGAAAGUUUAUUUGGUCAUCAGACAGGAAUCACAAGUGUGGAUGUCUUGUCAAGAGAACGGGCUAUAACAUCUGGAGGCAGGGACCAUACAAUUAGGAUAUGGAAAGUAGUGGAAGAAUCACAGUUAAUUUACAGUGGGCAUAUAGGUAGCAUUGAUACAGUGAAACUCAUCAAUGAAGAAUAUUUUCUUUCAUGUGGUGAUGAUGGGCAAUUGUGUAUGUGGGGAACUAAAAAGAAGAAACCUCUAUGCACAGUAGAUUUUGCUCAUGGUGUUUCUGCACAGAAUGGGGAACCAAAUUGGAUCUCUAGUAUUGCCACAAUAACAAAUACCGAUUUAGUUGCUUCUGGUUCACAAGAUGGAUGCAUUAAACUCUGGAAAUGUGGCAAUGGUUUUCGAUCACUCAGUCCUGUCCUAAAUAUUCCUGUUGUAGGUUUUGUUAAUGCGAUGUCAUUUACUUCAGAUGGAAAUUACCUUAUUGUUGGUGUUGGUCAAGAACACAGACUUGGUCGGUGGUGGAAGAUAAAAGAAGCAAAAAAUGGAAUUCUGAUUAUCCCUUUAACAAGGAAACAAUAAUAGAGUUCCUUGAAUAUCUGUUUUUAUCUCAGAUGUAAGCUUUAGAAGAGCCAAAUAUGUGUGAUUGUGACUGAAAAUAUUAAUUUCACCAAUACACUUGAGGGCCUUAUGCUGAUUGAAUUUCUCUUUGUUUCCUGUGGCAUAUUAGGGAUGCAGUCCAGGAAAAGGUGAUAGAUGCUUUUACCCCAAGUUGUUAUUUAAAUUAUCUAUGGUAGUGUUGCCAAUCAUGUGAUACAUUUGUCUGAUUCCCAAUCACUGAAAUGAGGAAUGGAGCCUUAGCAGUACAUGUUGGUCCUGUGCAUCCAGCUAUUAUCAAGUACUGACUUUAUUCUCAAUUGGCAUUUUUACUUUCAUAGUAAUUUAAUUUAACCUAAUAGCUUGUUUAAAUAUUAAUAUAUUUGAUUAUUAAGUUGUAUUUAGACAUGAAAGUAUGAAGAAAUAAUUUGUCAUGAUCUGUGUGAAUGUCAAGACAUGUGAAGUGCUGAUUAUGUAAUAGGAGUAACAAUGAUACAUUUACAGUAUGUGGUGUAAAUACAUGUUCCCCAUACUGUAUGGCUCAUAAGCUUAGUGGUAUUUCAAUAUGGUAAUGGUUUUGUUGUAUUGAAAUGUAGCUUUAAUUUAUAAGCACAAUUUCUUUAGUGAAGGAGAAAAGAUUUUUUUGUGGGCACUCUGUCAUAACUUCUAAUUCAUGGAUCCUGUUACAUUUUUAUUAUAUUUUGUGUGGAAGACCCAUGCUAAAAAAUUCUAUCAGUAUAUGAAUUCAGUCAUUGCUGGAUAAUUUGUUAUGCAAACACGUUUUUGCAAUUAUCUCAUUAAGUAUACUGAAUUCUAAACUAAUAACAUUUUAUGUAGCAUAUUUCCGCAAUGAUAGGGUACAGUGACAUGCUGUUUUGGACACAGCAACAAUACUUGCUAUAGUGAUAUUUUCUGGUCCUUGAUAAAAUUCUUUCAGCUUACUUUAAGAACUUCAUAUGUUCAAUUCAUAUCAUUUAAGAGUAUUUAGAUGUUUCCUGCCAAAUAAUGUUCUUUAGUUGUGCUCAAAUACCAUGUAAAUACUACUGUUAGUAGGACCACUAGCAACAAAUUUAAAACUUUGUAUGCCAUCAUUAAAUACAGGCUUCAAGACAGUUAUAGUAUUCUGGAAAAUUCAGUGAUUCAGACAUGAGGGUUUGAAAGUAAGUUAACAAUAUAGUGUGUACUGUAUUUCCUAAUACACAGAAACAUUAUGUGAACCCAUUAUAAAAGUCUUUAUAAUAAACAAACAUUUGAUUGUA